UGGCGUCGUGUACGAGAAAAUCACAUAUGCUGGGUAUUGGUAAGAAUUUUCCAAUAAAAUAAUGCUAGUUAAGGAUUUUAUUACAUCUGGCUUCUGACCGUCUAAACCCUAGGCAUUUUGAUGCCUUCAUGGGAUUGUAUCUUGUGUAGUACAACAUUACCACAAUCUUGGAAAGUCAACACUGUACUACAAAGAAGCAAAUUAUUGGAUAUAUAUGUGACAGUUUGUAUGCUUUUUAUAUCCCUCUUAGCAUAACUAAUGCAAACCCUUCCAAGCCAAGAAAGGAAACUCCAUGGCUCGUUCCCAGAAAACUCCCAAGUCAACCAUAUUCAUUAUUUCUCUUAUAUUUCUUCAAUUCUCCUUGAUCAACGGCCAUGGAGGUGAUGAUCAUGAAGAUGGUAGUGACAAUGGGGAAACAGAUUUGCAUGACAAAGGGUUAAUCUUGGUGAAAAUUUGGUGCUUAAUAAUUCUCUUUGUAAGCACUUUUGUUGGUGGUGUCUCCCCAUAUUUUUAUAGAUGGAAUGAGAAUUUCCUUCUUUUGGGUACUCAAUUUGCAGGUGGGGUUUUUCUUGGAACUUCACUUAUGCAUUUCUUGAGUGAUUCUAAUGAGACUUUUGGAAGUCUUACGACCAAAGAAUACCCUUUUGCUUUCAUGUUAGCCUCUUCUGGGUAUCUCUUGACUAUGUUGGGUGAUUGUAUAGUGAUCUUGGUUACAAAGCGUAGUGAUAGCCAUAGAGAAUCUAGAGUAGUUCAAGUUGAAGAAGGAAUAGCAAGUGAUAAUAAAGAAGCAACUGAAGUUCAUGAGCUUAACCCAGUUUUCUUGAAGACCACUUCUAUUGGUGACACAAUAUUACUAAUUCUUGCUUUGUGUUUUCAUUCAGUUUUUGAAGGUAUUGCCGUUGGAGUUGCAGAUACUAAGACAGAUGCAUGGAGAAAUCUUUGGACAAUAUCAUUGCACAAAAUUUUUGCUGCCAUAGGAAUGGGAAUUGCACUUCUUAGGAUGCUUCCUAAGCGACCAUUAACAUUAACAAUGGCAUACUCUUUUGCCUUUGCUAUUUCAAGUCCCAUUGGAGUAGGGAUAGGUAUUGCUAUUGAUGCUACAACUCAAGGCCCAGUUGCUGAUUGGAUUUAUGCUAUUUCUAUGGGACUUGCUUGUGGGAUUUUUAUUUAUGUUGCUAUCAACCAUCUUAUAGCUAAAGGUUUCAAACCACAAGCUAAUUUGUUCUUUGACACUCCAUUCUUCAAGUUUCUUGCUGUUCUUCUUGGUGUGGGAGUUAUUGCUGUUGUUAUGAUUUGGGAUUAACUAUUUCUUAAGUUGUCUUGUGUUUAUUAUAUGUUACAUAGAUUGUAUGGCAAGAGGGGGAUUAUUUUUAAUGAAAGCAUCUCUAAUGCUAAUAUGGAUUGUAGCUUAUGUAUUAUAUAAAAUAGAAGAUGUGAAGGUGGAGUCGCUGCAUGUGUACUUAUAGACGUUAAAUUUUAAAAAUCUCUCUCCAAUGCAUUACUUUCAGAUC